GGACUCUUCUCUUUCAGCCCGAAUCCUUUGCGCCAUUUUUUUCAUGAUUGCCUAGUAGAUGCAAUGUAUAUAAAAUGAUAUAAACCUAUGUAAACCUGUAUAAACCUAUAUAAACAACGCAAUCCGUUCCACUCGAGUCAAAGUCCUUCACCAGAUCACCGGUAGAUGUACGAUUGUUAUCCUUCCUUUUCAUCGCCGGCGCCUCCCCUCCGUCCACACGUACUGAUCUUGUCUUGUUUCUCAAAUCCCCAGCUUUCUUGCAACAUCAGGCCGGAACCGACUGCCAACCUGCAAGAAAAAGUUAUUUAGAUUGUGGAGACUUUCGCAGAUUUUCAAUCUGAUAAAAAAAUAGCCCCAUCCUCCCCCCCACCUCUCUUGAAAGUUGACAGCCCUCCCAAGAUGAUACUACGAUAAUCGGACUUCGCUUUCCUAUCCACGACAUUCAACUCUUCGAAAUAACUCCACUAGUACCACUCUCGAGCCACUGCAUAUAUCUAUUACCUUGGCACAUCCGGUCUACACUGUCUACCAUGUUCUUCUAGCAAUGUGGUUGGCUUGUUGGGGAUCAAUUCUUCCUUCUUCGUUUGUGGGCCGCACUCUGAUUUCAUAAUAUUACGAGUUCACGGCAAUAAAUUACGAGAGAGUAAGAGAGACCUGGGCGCAACCCAUUGUUGCAGAGAAAAUCUUGUCCGUAGAAGACUGCAGAUAUCUUGCAAACAACCACGCACAUCAACUGUUUCCUUCUUAUUUUGCAACUGGUAUUCAUUUGCAGCGUGGAGCAGCACCCUCGUUAUCCACACAGCGCACAAGGAAUCCCAAAUCUGCCGUGUCUCCUCAACUUAUAAAGAGCGAUCUAAAGCCCCUUUCGCCUUUUCGAACUCACUUCUCGACAGAAGUAGCAGAAAGUCGAGCCCAAAGAAUACACACAUUGACAUAAGCAGUUAACGGUUUCUUACUCUACUGGAAACAUAUCCCUUUGCUUUCGCAUAAGAAAACUACGAUCCAGUCAUAAUGGCAGCAACUAUGACAGCGGAAUACACUCCCGACACACCCCAGAAAGCAGUAUCCAAGGGAAGAGAGGCUCUAAUGAAUUCCGUCGAGGAUUGCCUCUUUGGUUCCAUUGCUGGAGUGGCUGGGAAAUAUAUCGAAUAUCCUUUUGACACAGUGAAAGUUCGACUACAAUCACAACCCUAUCAUCUUCCAUUACGUUAUACAGGACCUCUCGAUUGUUUUAAACAAUCAAUUCGCAGCGACGGGUUCUUGGGGUUAUAUAGGGGCAUUAGUGCUCCACUAGUUGGUGCUGCUCUAGAGACUAGCAGUCUUUUUGUUUGGGAACAAGCCAGUAGAGAAGCGCUUCUCAAGGCUGGAAUAUACAAGAGAGAUCAACCACUUCCUCUGGAGGCAUUGUGGAUGACUGGUGCACUAUCCGGUGCCCUUACAUCUUUAAUCCUCACUCCCAUUGAAUUGGUUAAAUGCAAAAUACAAGUUCCGGCGACCACGCCAAAUGGUUCAGUUCCCGUCGCUGCAAAAACCGUCUCAUCCGUUAUUCGCGAGGUUUGGCACCACCAAGGUAUUCGCGGAUUUUGGAACGGGCAGCUAGGUACUCUGAUCCGUGAAACGGGUGGAUGCGCCGCCUGGUUCGGUAGCAAAGAGACUGUUACUUCUUUGUUUCGAAAGCUGAACGCUAAAAAUGCCCCCCAAAAUUCUUCCUCCAUUCUAUCUACUGAACUAGCACCUUUACCUUUCUGGCAACAAGCUCUCGCUGGUGCCUCGGCAGGCAUGUCUUAUAAUUUUCUCUUCUUUCCCGCAGACACCAUCAAAUCUCGCAUGCAAACCGCCUCUACUUCAUCUACAGCACCACGCACCACAUUCAUGCAAGAAGGUGCUCUUCUUUGGAAACAGCAUGGUCUGAAAGGCAUGUAUCGUGGUUGUGGUAUCACGGUUAUGCGAUCAGCACCUAGCUCUGCAUUCAUAUUCAUGAUUUAUGAUGGAUUAAAGAGCCGUUUCCAUUUCUCUUAGUACUUAUUCCCCAUUUGAUUACUUACGGCACGACGCGCAUGUACAUAGGAUUGGAACGUUUGCCGCUUUCCACUUUGCACAUCACAUUUUAUUAUACUAGGUGGCCGGAUAUACAAAAACCAAACUCGGGUCUGUCAUUUUGGCUUUCGGUUAUGAAAAUCUUGAAACUUUAUUGGGGGCGGGCGUUGGAGAGGCGUUCAGGGGUAUUAUAUCAUAGAUCUGUGUAGUCAUUCGGUUGACUCGGAAAGUAGGGGGUAGGAGUGAGAGUGAGAUAAGCCGAACUCGGGUAAAUCUCUGAUUAGCAUGAAGGAUUCAGAGCUACGAUGUCGAGUUAAAAAAAAACACCUCGAGAAUUGAGUAAGUCGGUUUAGCGUUGCAACUUUUAUAUAUCAUAGACGGGACCAGAUGAGAUAGCAUGGAGUAACGUGGUAUUAUAGAACUUAGAAUUUGGAACUUUGUUUUGAGAAAAGGUGAUUUUGUUUAGAUUGAAUGGAUUUCUCUGUGUGUUUGA